AUGACUGUCGCAGAGCCUAAGCCUCUUAUCCCCGCCGCUACCGCCGCUGCUUUCAUAGAACUCGCCAAAGCACGGCGCUCAGUUUAUACGCUCUCCGCCUCAAGUCCAGUACCAGACUCCGAGAUCCAAGAGUUGGUCAAGAGUGCCAUCUUGCAUGUGCCAAGUAGUUUCAAUACACAGUCCACCCGUCUUGUGCUUCUGUUGCAUGAAGAGCAUAGAAAACUGUGGGAUGCAGCGACAAAAAUAUUUGUGGAGUCGAUGGUAGUCCCGGGGAAGAUGUCGAAGGAAAUGUGGGAGACCCAUACGAAGCCCAGGUUGCAAGGAUUCAGGGCAGCGUAUGGCACUAUUCUUUUCUUCGAAGAUCCGGAACACAUCGCGCCAAUGGCGGAGAAGUUUCCGACAUAUAGAGAUCAAUUUGCCCCUUGGGCACAGCAUACGAAUGCCAUGCAUCAGUAUUUCCUCUGGCUCGCCCUUCGAUCCGUUGGCCUCGCCGCAAACUUACAACAUUACAACCCCUUGAUCGACGACACUGUUGCCAAGACCUGGUCCCUCCCUGGUGAAUGGAAGCUGGUCGCUCAAAUGGUCUUCGGCACUUCAACGGAUGAACUGAUGGAGAAGACAUUCAAACCAUUGGAGGAGAGAGUCAAGGUGUUUGGAUCGAAAGAGUAG